UGAUAUUCCGUGACCCGGAAGUACUUUUUUAAUGUUGAUGACGAAAUGCUGAUGUGAGGAAGUGCACAUCAAAUUGGAUAAUGAUUUAGCUACAAUGAUGCUAUUUCAAAUGUUAACAGUGCCUAGUCAAACCUUGCCUUAGUGUGGGACCCCCGGCCUGGGUAUGGCUCUAAUCGAGGGGGUGGGGGACGAGGUCACCCUGCUCUUUGGGGCGGUCCUCCUGCUGCUGGUACUGGUGAUUGCCUGGGCCUCCACGCACACGGCCGAGCCCCCCGAAAACCUCUUCACAACACCCCCUACCUCAUCCUCCUCCUCUUCAGUCUCUGCCUCCCUCCAGCUCCGGACCGCCCCCUCUGAUCCGCACCCGGCUCCCAAUAACAUCACCACCAAUGACAGCGACAGUUCGGAGUUGCCACCUACCACAACCACUCUGGUCAGCCUGACCCCACCUUUGGGGGAGGAAGGUAAGGCAGAGGCGGGAGGACAGAUUCCUGAGGUGGGUGGAGAAAGGGGAGUAGAGGGGGCAGGUGGAGAGAGCAGCCUUCUGGAAGAAGAGGGGUCGGGCUUCAGGAGUGAUGGUGUGAGACACCGAGAGGGCGUCGGAGGUGGCCAGGCUGGAGCCGGCCCCUCUCCUUCCCCUUCUUUCCCCACCCCGAGUCCACUAGACAGUGCCUCAAGUGACAGCCACUUCCCUGAUGUGGAUACUACUGCCGCUGCCGAGAGGAACAUGGUCUUGCGUCUUAAGUUCCUCAACGACACAGAGAGGAUGGCCCAGGUCAAGCCUGAGGACACCAUUGGUUACAUCAAAAGGACCUACUUCGCCGGUCAAGAGCACCAGGUGCGCCUCAUCUACCAGGGCCAGCUGCUACAGGAUGAUGGCCAGACACUGGCCUCGUUAAACCUGUCUGACAACUGCGUCUUGCACUGCCACAUCUCCCAGCACGCCACCAGGGCAGCACCAGCAGGGGCCCGGGCUGCCGACCAGGUCCACGUGGCCCUCAACGUGGGCAGCCUCAUGGUGCCCCUGUUUGUGCUCAUGCUGUCUGUGCUCUGGUACUUCCAGAUACAGUACCGUCAAUUCUUCACCGCGCCCGCCACCGCGUCACUGGUGGGCAUCACCAUUUUCUUUAGCUUUGUGGCGUUUGCGGUCUAUCGCCGCUGAGGUGAGUUUCCCUUUGGUACGAGCCACAUCCCGGAUGUUCAUAAUGAGCUUCGUUAAUUUGCAGUAGUAAAAGUGGCUCCGGAUGGUCUCGUUCUAUUUAUCUGCACUGGUGUGGAACAGCAAGACAGACAGCUAUUGCCUCAGUAGGUGUCCUCUAGUCUACCAUAUUGUGUUUUCACAUGAGUGCAGAUGAAGGGGAGAUGAGGCCAUUUUAGACUAUCGAGAUGUACCCUUACUUAGCUCCUCUCCCUUCAUGGCCAUGAUUCUCUGUGAAACAAGCUUUCUGUCACACUUUCCUUCCCCAAAUGCUCCAUUCAUGUAAAGAACAAUGUCACCAGAUGGAUGUGCUGUGAUUUUUUUUUUUUCCCCCGUGUUUUUUCUGUAUAGCGAUUCUCAUUGUGCCUAUCCUAAUAUUACAGCUUUUUUCUUAUGUAUUCUGGUAUGCUACCGCCUCCAGUUUAGUUGGUGCUUGCCUGUAGAUGAGUCUAUUUUUGGGGCUUACCCCCUUUUGACUCGAGGCAAGACUUGGACUUGGCCAGAGGACAAUUUGUCUGUUUGCCUGUCUGCAGUCUUUCUCACUGCAGUGAUGGAGGUUCAACUGCUGUUGUGCUGUAUGUAUGUAGGUUGGGACUUAAAGCCUAAUUUAUGUUUAAAAUAUGGCUUUUUGAAAGGAAAAGAUUCAAAUUCUAUUAAAUCAUUCUUUUAUUUA